AUGUCUCCAAAUCAACCGUGUCUCCACCAACCUUCCACCAACUGUGUUCCAUCAACUGUGUCUCCAUCAACUGUGUCUCCAUCAACCGUGUCUCCAUCAACUGUGUCUCCAUCAACUGUGUUCCACCAACUGUGUCUCCAACUGCUGAGCACCAACUGUGUCUCCACCAACUGUGUCUCCACCAACUGUGUCUACAUCAACUGUGCUCCCAUCAACUGUGUCCCCACCAACUGUCAAUUCAACUGUGUCUCCACCAACUGUGUUCCACCAACUGAAGUCUACAUCAACUGUGUUCCAUCAACUGUGUCCCCACCAACUGUGUUCCAUCAACUGUCUCCACCAACUGUGUCUCCACCAACUGUGACACCACCAACCGUGUCUCCACCAACUGUGUCUCCACCAACUGUUCCCACCAACGUGUCUCCACCAACUGACCCAACCAACUUCACCACCAACCGUGUCACCACCAACUGUGUCCCAUCAACUGUGUCUCCAUCAACUGUGUUCCACCAACUGUGUCUCCACCAACUGUGCCUCACCCCAACUGUCACCACCAACCGUGUCUCCACCAACCGUCACCCACCAACUGUGCUCUCAACACCAACUGUGUCUCCAUCAACUGUGUCACCACCAACUGCUCCACCAACUGCAUGUUCCACCAACUGUGUCUCCAUCAACGUGUCACCACCAACCGUGUUCCACCAACUGACCCAAAUCCAACUGUGUCUCCAUCAACUGACCCAACCAACUGUGUUCCACCAACUGACCCAACCAACUGUGUCUCCACCAACUGACCCAACCAACCGCGGUUCCACCAACUGUGUCUCCAACUGA